UGGUGGGUUGCAUCUAAAAGAAAACGGAGGAAGUAUAAGAUUAAAAAUUGUUGAGAAAGGGUAAUUUGGAAAACUAAACUUUAGAUUGAUAGGCAAAAAACCAAAUUUUAGAUGGAGAUGCGGGGGAUCGAACCCCGUGCCUCUCGCAUGCAAAGCGAGCGCUCUACCAUUUGAGCUACAUCCCCAUUUUAUUAAUCCCAUCACUACAACUAUAUUUAACCCUUAAUCUAUCUACUAAUUGCUUGUCUACCUCAUUCCCGCCUAAAAACAACAAAACCCCAGUCAAAGCAAAAACAACUCCAUCAAUGGCGGACGUAAGAGAAUGGAUAACCACCGACGAAACGGCGGAAACAUACUAUUCUAGGGUUUCAACCUCCCGUCCUCCGCUUCUUCUUCCGCCGCUUCACCGCCUUCCUCUUCGCCCCGGCAAUGUCGUCGAAAUCGUCGGCCCUUCUCCCUCCGCCAAAACUCACAUCCUUCUUCAGGUUGCGAUUGAUUGUAUUUUGCCCAAGGAGUGGAAAGGUGUGAGUUAUGGAGGGCUUGAGAAAUCGGUGAUGUUUAUUGAUUUGGAUUGUCGGCUUGAUAUUUUGCGUCUUCUUCAGCUUCUUAAACUCAGGAUUUAUAGUUUUCAUCAAGUGAAUAACGAGCUACACUCUGUCAGAGAUUGGACCUGUGAUGAGGAACUAAUUCACAACUGUUUGGAGCGCUUCCUAUAUGUUCGUUGUUAUGAUAGUUUAGAGUUUCUUGCUACGCUGAAGACAUUAAAUUAUCAACUUCAGACCAAAAGGAAGAAGCUUGCUUCAAAAGUCUGCUUCUUGAUGAUUGACAGUAUAGGAGCUUACUAUUGGGUUGACCGUGCUUCAACAUCCAUGCCUCUUGGGUCAAACAAUAGGAAAUUAUUCUCUCUUCAAAGUGUGAUGGAAGCUGUAGUCUGUGAGAUGAAAAAUUGUCUGCAGGUGCAACCAAUGCUUGUUUUGGCUACAAAAGCUACAAUAUUUGGUGAUAAGUCAGUAACCAAUGACAUCAAAAGGCCUUUCAGAAAGUGGUCUUCACAAGAUGCAUCUGGUCAACACACUAUAGAAAGCAGUUCUGAGAAUGUAUUGCACCGUGAAUAUAUGCCUUCGGCCUGGCAGGCACAUCAAAUGCUGGCCAGUGACUUGGAUCUGACAUGGGAUGGAUGUGGUCUCCAUAAGUCAGCUUGUAAGCAGCUCCCUUGAAGUAUGGUGACACAUAAUCUGCAGCUUGAAGUCUUUGGCUGUAUAUGACCCUUAGACCAUGUCUGCAUGGUAUUCCUGACCCUUGCCACUUCCCACAACCACAGGUCAUUGUCUCACAGGGAACUUCACAUGCCCAUCCCUGACCUCAAACUCUCCACCACCAGCUACUGUCACAUGACACAAUCUGGACUCCUCACUUCUUGUCUCCAAAACUCCCUUAGCAAACUCUGUUAGCUCAUUAGGAUCCAUAUCAAUUGCUUUGUCAAACCUAGAACCCAUCCUUUUCAUGCACCAAUUCCUUACAGCUGGUUUAAGUCCAAAAAAAAAAAAAAAA